AUGGAAUCCUUGGAAACGAAAGUUAUCUCCAGUGGAAUCCGGCACACCAGCCUCCCUAGAAAUUACAUCCGUCCUCAAUCUGAAAGGCCGAAGUUAUCUGAAGUUGCCGACUGCGAGAAUGUUCCUGUGAUUGACUUGGGUUGUGGAGACAGGAGCUUAAUAACCAAACAAAUAGGCGAUGCAUGUCGCGAAUACGGCUUUUUUCAGGUGAUCAAUCAUGGAUUAUCCAAGGAAACAAUCCAGAAAAUGUUAGCAGUGGGUCAUGAAUUUUUUAGUUUACCGGUGGAAGAGAAAAUGAAGCUGUACUCCGAUGACCCGUCCAAGACAAUGAGAUUGUCUACAAGUUUUAAUGUGAAGAAGGAGACUGUUCAUAAUUGGAGAGAUUAUCUCAGGCUACAUUGCUAUCCAUUGGAGAAAUAUGUACCCGAGUGGCCUACCAUUCCCUCUUCUUUUAAGGAUAUUGCCAGCAAUUAUUGUAUGGAAGUUCGACAACUUGGGUUCAGAUUGCAGGAGGUAAUAUCAGAGAGCCUUGGAUUAGAUAAAGAGAGCCUUAAGAAUGUGUUGGGAGAACAAGGGCAACACAUGGCCGUCAACUACUAUCCACCAUGUCCAGAACCCGAACUAACUUAUGGAUUGCCAGCACAUACGGAUCCCAAUGCCCUGACCAUUCUCCUUCAAGACUCGCAAGUUGCGGGCCUUCAAGUUCUGAAAGAUGGCAAAUGGUUAGCAAUAAAACCCCACCCGGAUGCUUUUGUCAUCAAUAUUGGUGAUCAAUUGCAGGCUUUGAGUAAUGGAAAAUACAAAAGCAUUUGGCAUCGAGCUGUAGUAAAUGCAGAAAAACCAAGAUUGUCGGUAGCUUCCUUCCUCUGCCCGUGUGAUAGUGCGAUGAUCGUUUCUCCAAAGGCUCUUACAAACGACGGAUCUCUAUCCAUUUAUCGGGAUUUCACAUACGAGGAGUAUUACAAGAAGUUCUGGAGUCGGAACCUUGACCAGGAACACUGUUUGGAACUUUUCAAGAACUAA